GCUAAAGACAGGCUUGUCAGCCCUGCGGGGAGCCACGGAGGAUCCGCCUUAGUUCAGGACAUCCAGAGCGACCAUGGACCGGAGGAAAAAGCCUUUGGACGUCACCACCUCUUCGUUGGUAGACCUUAAGGCUGAACUCUUUCGCAAACAAGAAGAAUUCAAACAAGAAAAACUUCUAAAAGAUGCUGGAGUUUCAGGAAAGCCAAAAACAGCUCAUAAGAAACCAAGUAUCUGGAGCAAACAGAAUGCAGGAGUUUCACAUCGAGCUGAGAAGGAUGCCGAACAGAAGAUUGAGGAACAGAAGACUUUGGACAAAGCGAGGGAAAAAUUGGAAGAAAAAGCCAGAUUAUAUGAAAAAAUGACUAAAGGAGACUUCAUAGAUGAAGAAGUGGAAGAGAUGUACCUUGUGGAUUUCACACAGAAGAUCAUAGACAAGCGCAGAGAAAUGGAUGCGUUGGGUGCGAAUAGAGAUUCUAGAAAGGCAGAAGAAAGGGAAGAUGAAGAAGAACGUCUUUCUGAAAGAGAUAUACCUCCUCCCCAAGACCCCAGUGAAGAAUGGGUGGAUUAUGUGGAUUCUUUAGGACGAUCCCGGCGCUGUAUGAAGAAGGAUUUGCCAGGUCUGCUGGAGAUGGAUAAAAAUCUUCAGGGGAGGCUUUUCAUUAGUCCUGCUAAUGAAAAAACCUUGUUAUCUGAAGAUAUGAGAAAAGAACUCCAGCGCCAGCAAUGGGAAGAAGAAGAAAGGGAGGCCCUAAAAAGGCCAAUGGGACCCAUACAUUAUGAAGACAUUCGUGAAAAUGAGGCCCGGCAACUUGGUGUUGGAUAUUUUGCCUUUGCCCGAGAUAAAGAGCUGAGAAACAAGCAAAUGAAAACUUUAGAGAUGCUGCGAGAACAGACAACAGAUCAGAGAACAAAACGAGAAAACAUAAAGGAAAAGCGAAAGGCUAUAUUAGAAGCAAGACUUGCCAAACUCCGACAAAAAAAGAUGAAAAAAUCAAAAGAAGAUGGAGCAGUGGAAGAAAAUGGAGAUGAAGAUGUUAUUGAGCAUUUGCCUCCAGAGCCAGAAGCCAUGCCAAUUCCUCCCACUGCUGCCCAGAGCAGCAAAGUAGAAGUCAUCGUUCAGGAGAGGAAGGACACCAAGCCUGGAGUGCCACAUGUCCGGGAGUGGGACAGGGGCAAAGAAUUUUCCUUUGGAAACUGGUCGAAAAGGCAGUCAGCUCUGCGGGCUGAGAGAGAUCCUGAAUUUGCCCCCCCAGCAGAUUACUUUGCGGGUCAGAAGAGAACUGGUCCUUUUGGUGGCCAGCCGUGGAGCCGACCUGGACCUGCACAGAGCAGCUUGGGGCUGGGCUCUGGCCAGAGCCGUGAGCCCCACUCCUCACAUGCAUCCUCCACCCCUGCUCCGGACGGCCCACCACAGGCCCCCACAGUCACGUUUGAAACUCUGGAUGACAUGAUAUCAUAUUAUAAACAAGUGACAUGAACUUAAAAAGCAUUCUGACUUGAGUUUGUACAGUUCGUGGUACCUUCCUCUCCCAGAGUGAGGGAAAUAGCUUAACUUCAGGGACUGAACUGUAACUCCCCUUUCCUGCCCUUUCCCUAGAAGGCAAAGGCUUCAGGUGAUACUGUGGGAACUAUAUUGUCACUUGGCCAUUCAUUUCUAAUUAGGUUAGAGAUACAUUCUUCUGGAUUUAUGUAUAAGUUGUGGUACAGUAGAAAUAUUUACUCUGUGGUAUUUGACACUAUAGAGCUUUUAACUUAUCUGUUUCAUACCUGCUCCCAUUUCUUCCUCAGAUUUAAGGGUUCCGUGUCAUCCUUUUUGCAAAUAAGAGCAUGCAGGCGCCUGUUCCAGGGAUUCAGCUUCCGGAUCAGUUGAUGGGGCAUAAUUAGGAGGAAUUUUUACCCGCCAUCCAAUGGCAAGUGAGGAGACACUGUAUCUGGUAUCCAGGUGUACCCUGAAGCUGGUGGAAUAUUAAGCAGUAACAUAUGAUAAGACCAGGAAGGAGUGCUUCAUAAUCCAGAAAGGUAGAAUUCCAAGUUAUUGACUUACUUUUGUCAUACCAACUUAAGCGACUUACCAACACCCUGACCAUAGUGGGCAUUUGGUGAAAUGUUGAACGACUGUGACAUAUGUGAGGCUCCUGAGCCUUGUCAGAGACUGUGGUGCAGUGGGGCACAUUUACCUCAGCUGUCCCCGUUAGAGGUUGUCAGCUUGUCCUAUAGCCCUGUUACUCUCACUCUUGGGAGCCAAGGUCACUUCAGAAGCCUGAUUUGGAUCAGACUGGGGCCUGCAUAGAGUAAGGAGUAGGUAGGUCCCUUACAACUUUACUAACAAUGACAGGGGUCGGGUUAGAAGGCUCCAGAAGUAUGGCAUUGUGUCUGUGUACCCGCCCUUAUUGUCUGCCCAUUCUGCUCUGCCUAUAACCCCUCAGAAUGUUCCUUUUACAACUGCAGACAAGCAGUCAGAAGUUAUUCACCAGCCCACUGAGUGCCCAGGCCAGUGAGUGCCCAGGCCAGUGAGUGCCCAGCCCACUGAGUGCCCAGGCCAGUGAGUGGCUAGCCCACUGAGUGCCCAGGCCAGUGAGUGCCCAGGCCAGUGAGUGCUCAGGCCAGGGAGUGCCCAGCCCACUGAGUGCCCAGCCCACUGAGUGCCCGGGCCUGUGAGUCCUGCAAGAGUGUGAUAGAGCAGGUCCUCGAAGUGCGUUGAAAGAGUAGGGGGAGGGGGAAGGGUGAGUGAGGACCCAGCCCUCCUGUAGGCCUCUGAGAUGUGCCGUGUCUCCAUUCCACAACACUACCAUGUCAGUGCUGGUGUUCCUGCUCUCAUUGCGGAUUGCGAAUUGGAGCUUAGAGAGGCUAAAUGACCUAUCCAAGAUCAUGUGGCAUCUAAAUGGCAGAUCUGGAACUUAAACCCAGUUGAUGUCUAACUUUCAGACUCAUGUUUUUCUCAACACCAUCUGCUCUGAAUCUUGUUGCUCCGGCAGUAUGAGACAAAAAUCUGAAAUUCUUGCAAACUUAAUUCUAAACUCGAUAGCAAGGGCUAAGGUGCCAGUCCAAUUAAUGGUCUUUCUGUCAGCCGAAUCAGGCAAGUAUCUCUUUUAAUAAAUACACCUUAAAACCAACUUACCCAGCUGCUUCUUUUUUGCAGAAAUUGACCAGGUGAGGCUAAAAUCCAUAUGGAAAUGCAAGGGACCCAGAAUAGCCAAAAUAAUCUUGAAAAAGAAGAACAAAGUGGAGAAUUCACACUUCCUGAUUUCAGAACUUACUUCAAAGCUACAGUAAUCAAGACUAUGUGGUACUGGCAUAGGGAUAGAUAUAUAGACCAAUGGAAUAGAGUUGAGAUUCCAGAAAUAAACCUUUACAUUUACAGUCAGUUGAUUUUCAAGAAUGUUGCCAAGACAAUUCAACGGGCAAAGAAUAGUCUUUUCAACAUAUGUUUCUGGGACAACUGGAUCUCCACAUGCAAAAGAUUGAAGGUAGACUCAUACCUCACAGCACAUAUACAAAAUAAAAUGGAUCAAAGACCUAAGUGUAAGAGCUAAAACUACAAAGCCAACUGAAACUGUAGGAUAAAGGGGGAGGAGGAAAAAAAAUAGGAAUAUUAAAAAAUAUAUAGUAUUGCUAGGGAUGCUAGCAUUAUUAGGAAAAAGGAAUGGAGAAAGAAAAACAUUAGCAGGUAGGUAUGAGAAAGAGGAUGUUUACGUAAGGUAAAAGAAGGACUUGAGAGGCAGACGAUGGAGUAGAAAGGAACGGGGACAGGAAAAGUAGUUGGGUAGGAAUAAGAGCCUCUGGGAGGAGGGGGUCAAGGGACGGUCUGUCCUUCAAAGGUGACGUUUUUGUCAUUCCCAGAGUACCUAGGGUGGAGAGAGAAGCAGUCUGUUUACAUUGUACUAAUGGUCAGUGUUGACUAACAACUAAAUCAUGUUUUCUCUGGAAUUUCAAAGACUGUAUAAACCUAUUUCUAAUCCCCUCUUAACAGCAUACAUUUUGCUCAGUGUUUUGUGAGCCCUGCUGUUAAACAUCCUUUUCCGUUUCAGACCCAGAGUUAAGCUGUUAGCACCCUGCAAGUUUUACCAUUACUCACGGGCUGUUUUGUACCAAUGUGUCCAGCAGAUGGCAAUAGAGUUCUUACCCACACUCCAGAGUUCAGCUCCGCUCUCUACAACAGCACCAAACCAAAAACCCAUUGCCACCGAGUCGGUUCCAACUCAUAGCAACCCUAUAGGACAGAGUAGAACUGCCCCAUAGGGGUUUCCAAGGAGUGGCUGCUGAAUUUGAAUUGCCGACCUCUUGGCUAGCAGCCUGAGCUCUUAACCACUGCACUACCAGGGCUCCAGGCAGCAUGAUAUAAGUAAAAUUAAUUUUAUAACGUAUUUUAUCCAAUAUAUACAAAAUAUUUCAAGUAUACAAGGAGCCCUGGUGGUGCAAAUGGUUAAGCGCUCAGCUGCUAACUGAAAGGUUGAUUGGAACCCACCCGGUGGCUCCUGGGGAGGAAGACCUGGCAAUCAGCUUCUGUAAAGACGACAACCAAGAAAAACCCAUGAGGCUGUUCUACUCGGUCACGUGGAGUUCAGUGUGAGUCAGAAUUGAUUCGAUGGCACAUAGCAACAACAACAGUCAGUCUACAAAAAUUACUGAGUUAUUUUACAUCUCUGUUCACACUGCAUCCUCAAAUGCACAGUGUUUUACAGCACGUCUCAAUCUGAAUGCUGCGUUUUCCCUAGGAAUACGUAUUCUGUACUUAGAUUUCAUAAGGUUUUCAGCGGGAAAAGUAGAGCCACCUACCCAAGUUGUUCCAAACAUAGGUAAUCGUAUUCUAAAUUUUCCCAAUAGCUGAAUUGAGUCUCAAUUUUUAGAUUUAAGUUAAUAAAAUGAAAAUUCAGUUUCUUAGUCAUUCUAACCACAUUCCAGGUGCUCCAAAGGCUACUGCAGUGGACAGACCAACCCUAAAAGACCUGUUUUUACAUGCUUUAUGAUCUGAUUAUGUACAAGCCUCCCUUUCGUAACUAAAGGAUUGGCAAAUACAUUUCUUCCAGGCGUGUGUUAAACAUUCAGGGUACUCUUAUGACCAUAUUUAUCUUGGGAGCAAGUACUGGCAAACCCUCCGGGAGGAAAACAUGACCACGCCUUAGUUAUGUCUUUGUAGAGAGCUAAGUGAAGCGUUUUGGAUCAGAAAUUACUUUGAAUUAUGUGUUUUCCCUGUCAUCUCUUCUCUAGGCCUUUGUGUGUUUUGCUACAGUUGGUCUGAAUUGUCUAAAUAAAUCAUUUUUUUUGCUGGAAAAAUCCCCAACGGAGAAAAUGUAAAUUCAUAUACAUGAGGUUCCUGCUAUGUUUAGCCAUACAUUUGCCAAAGACUUAGGAUAAUUUACUUCUUCUUAAAGCUGUAGUGCAGCCCGCAGGGUGGUUUUCAGCUAACCUUGUUGUGACAUACAGGCAAGGCAGUAGAAUUUAGAACUUAGAAUGGGGGCGGGUACUGGUCUUUACAGUUAAUACAACAUAGCCAGGCCAUAUGUGUUUAUUUCCUUUUAAGCCAGUAAAUUGAACUACAGUGGUUGUCUGUAAAGCAGUUCAUGUGAGAAACUACAUGACUCAGGUAAGAGAUGGUGACUGAUGAGAACUUGUUGACCCAUUGGAAACGGAGAGAGAAAAUGAAACUCCCAGCCCUUUCCACCUGCCCUUGCUAGCUGGCUUGGUUGGUGAGGUGUUUUGCUAGUGUAGGUUGUAGGCAUCGAGCUUCAUGUUUGAAGUGUGUGUGUGUGUGUGUGAUUGGUGUAGGUCAUUGUCUAGGAAAACUGAAAAAUCAAAAUAGUCAAGUGUUCACAAGCGAAGCAAAGUGUAGUGAAAACCUGUACCCAGCCUAGUACUGAUCCUCCAUUAGGGCGUUUUAAAAAGAAGUCCCGGGCUACGUGUAUGUACUCAGGCAUAAUAAAUGUAUGUUUGUCUGGUAAUGAGAGAGGUCAGAAAUAUUUCUCAGCACCGACAAUUUAAACAACAUUCUCUACUACGUUUCUAAUUAUCCUGUUUUCCCCAACUCUGAAACCUUACGUGGCUUGGUGGCAAUUUUUCCUGGUUUUGAGCAUUUUCCCUGGGGUAUGUUGUAUUCUUCUCCAUAUCUACUCAAUUAUUACUGAUAAUGGAACUUACCUGAGUCUGAACACUUAGGAGACUUGGCCCCUCAGGUCCACCUCGCCCUGACGCACACCAUCCUCUCCACACACACACAGUCACGGUGCCUCAGGGCUGUCUUGGAAUACCUUGAUCCGCCCGUUUGCUGUUUCUGACUAACAUGGCUUAUGUUGAAGGAGGCUUUUGGGCUUUCUGAUGUUAUCAGGAAAACCCAAGAAAAACCCCUACUCCCAGCCAGGGGUCUCCCAGCUACAAGUGCUAGCUGUCUUUGCGGGAGACUCAUGUUUUAUAUUACCUUCUUUCCAAAAAUGAUCAUCUUUACCUUAAAAAGAGAAGAGUCUAAAUCAUGGUCUGCAUAGAUUUUCAUGUGCCGUGUAUAUGUUUAUAUACCAUUUGAGUUUUUCUGACCACUAUUUCUAGAGCUCAGCUUCUCAGUUAUUUUUAAUCACUGCCCAGUAGGUCCUCAGAUUAAUAUACAUCAUUGACAGUCACAUCCCCAGUUGUUGGCUGUCUGCAUUCUUUCACGAUUUUGAAUGAAGCAGUUGUAAGCAUCUUUUAAUUUCGUUUAGCAAGCAUUGAUCUGUAUACAAGUACCUCUCCUCCCCCUUUAUAAGCAGGCCCCUUGGGCAUUAUUUUCUGAAGGGAGACCACUGGGUCAAAGGGAGGAUCAUUUUUACGUUUCUUUGGUACCAUAAUGAAUCUCCGCGGUCAAGGAUGCAGGUGGUUUACAAGUGAGUUCCCUGCAGGGCGAACAGAUAUUG